AGAAAUAGAACCGGCCAUAAAAUUUACCUCGACAUUGAAGAGUUUCUCUCUCAUUCAUUCAAGAUGUCGGGUGUUUACGAUACCACGGUUCCUGACCACAGAAGAAAGUGGGAUCGGGAGGAGUAUGAAAAGCUUGCUCAGGAAAGGUUGAAAGAGCUUGAAGACAGCAGUGACAGCGAAGAAGAAAUAAAGAUUCCUGUCAAACGAGAGCUGUUAAAGCCCCGUGAUUACAAGGUUGAUUUAGACUCAAAACUCGGAAAAUCUCAAGUCAUUACAAAGACAACACCGGCAGCACAGCAAGGAGGGUACUAUUGCAAUGUCUGUGAUUGCGUGGUUAAGGACUCGAUCAACUUUUUGGAUCACAUCAAUGGCAAAAAACAUCAGAGAAAUUUGGGCAUGUCCAUGAAAAUCGAGAGGUCUUCUUUGGAUCAAGUAAAAGCACGCUUUGAAAUGAAUAAAAAGAAAAAGGAGGAAAAGAAAAAGGAUUAUGACUUUGAGGAGCGCGUUAAGGAAUUGCAGGAAGAGGAAGAAAAACAGAAGGCAUACAAGAAGGAAAAGAGAAAGGAAAGAAAACGCAAAGCAGAAGAUUCCGAUGACGGGGGCGACCCAGACAUGUCGGCCAUCAUGGGGUUCUCAGGGUUUGGUACAUCGAAGAAAAAGUGAGACUGGAGUCGACGGAUGAACUGAUGAACUGAGUGAAUGUGUGUGUACGUCUGUCUGUCUGUCUGUCUGGGAGGAAGAGAGAGUGUUAAUGGGUUAGUCAGUCAUCAGAUCUGAUGGAUUUUAUUUUUUUUUGUCUACCUUCUGCUUGAGAAUUUAGGCCUACAGGAUUUGGAUUUGAGACUUCUUCUUCAAUGGUAGGCUACUUAGUGCUGCAGUAAUAUAUAUUGAGGCAAGCAGAAUAAGUAAUUAGUGUUCCUAGAGGUGUGUCAAAAUGUACUAUUUUUUUGGGAGGGGGGGGGAAGAGGGUUUAAUACGUUUUUGUCAAGGGAUGAGAGAGAUAUGAUUUUGACCUUUUUUGUUUUAGGAUUUCAAAGUUUUUAACUUGCUUUUGGUGGGGGUGUUUAACAUUUUUGCUAAGAUCACCUGAAUAUUGAUUAUAUUUGUAGCAGAAUUGCUUUUGCAAUUAUUGUAGAUGAGGGUCACUGAAUAUCAAAAGAAUUUUAUGAACAGCUGCCCAUCCUUAGUGUUUAUGUGUGUGUACAUUGCGUGUGUGUUGACAGGAACUUCAAGUCAUGAUUGUUGAGAGUUGAAAGAAUGUUGGUUUUUAUUUUCUGAACAUGGAAUAUUAUAGAUGUGAGAAACGAGAGUGAAUUAGGGGGUUUGUAUACCUGUGACGAAAAUGAAACUGAAAUGCGUUUUGGAUGUUCUAUGAACAUAUGAGAAAGAAAUAAAACAGCUGUUUGUGUAGUGCCUGGAUUGCUUUUGCGUGCUGAUUCUGAUUAUUAUAAUUAUAAAAUAGAAAAUGUCUCCAACAUCCUUUUGAAAUUUUCAUUGGGAGAAUUUUGUCCUCGAAUCUACUUUUUUUGUAAAUGUAUGUUUCAGGUGAACAAGUUUUACUUCAAAAUUUCAGAAUUGCUGAUUCUAGUAUAGAUGUGGGUGUAUUUUCUCAGUUUCCUAAUGUCUAAAUAAAACUUUGUAUAAAAAAUUUGGUGGGAAAAUGUUUUCCUUCAAGUUCAAGAUUUGUUGGUGUGUAAUUCAUCCCAUAUAUAUAUGUUUUCCAGUUUUGCCACUGCUGCCUGUCUCAAUCAUUUUAAAAGAAAAGAAAUAUGGAGAACCAAAAUACUCAGUGUUCUUUCUUCUCUUUGAUUUUUCUGACAUGUAUCAUGAACCAUGAGUUUGACUUUUCUAAACCGAUGUUUUCCAAUGUCGGUUCAACUUUUAUUACCCCAAUGCUUUUGAAUCAAAUCAUGUAGUGGUAAGAUUUAUGAGUUAUUUUCAAGAAUAAAAGUGCACACAUAUGAAUACUACUGAA